AUGUCUCAGCACUCCGAAGCUUGCUGCACUAUCCCUCCGGUCGUGUCCAAGGACUACGUACCUAAGGGCAAAUACAUCACUGUGAAUGGCAUGCAAACAUAUGUGACCGGACCAGCGAACGCCAAACGUGCCCUCCUCUGUAUCUAUGACAUUUUCGGCUUUUUCCCUCAAACACUCCAGGGAGCCGACAUCCUGGCCCAUUCGGACAAAGACCGUCCCUAUCUGGUGUUCAUGCCGGAUUGGUUCGAGGGCAAACCGGCACACAUUUCCUGGUACCCACCGGACACCGACGACAAGAAAGAGAAGAUGGGUGCAUUCUUCUCUGGCCCUGCUGCACCGCCCAAGACGGUGAGCCGCGUCCCAAAGGUCCUGGAGGAAUUGAAAUCCAAGGGGCCGGGGGCAGGGAUCGAAACCUGGGGGAUCUACGGUUAUUGUUGGGGAGGAAAGAUUGUCAGUCUCUCUUCCCAGGCUGGCACCCCUUUUAAAGCUGGCGCAGCUUGCCACCCGGCAAUGGUGGACCCAGCAGAUGCCCCCAACAUCACCAUCCCAUUUGCCAUGCUGCCAAGUCAGGAUGAGGAUAAGAACGAUGUCGGGAAAUGGCAGGAAGGUUUGAAGGUAAAAGGAGAAGUGACCUGGUUCGACAACCAGAUUCACGGAUUCAUGGCUGCCCGUGGUGAUUUGGAAAAAGCGGAAGUCAAGACCGAUUACGAAAAGGCCUAUAAGCUCCUUCUUAACUUCUUCCAUCAGCACUUGUAA